UAAAUGUUGCUGUCUGGCCGUGUGUGUUUACAUUUUUGCAUUCUGCGCGUACGACUUGGCCCGGCCGAUGCCUAGCUCCCCUCCAGCCCCCUCUAUUUAUCUCCCCAGCUCCCUCUAUAUAUCCCUCAGCCCCCUCUAUAUAUUCCGUAUAAAAACGGGUGGCGCGCCACUCCCGGACGCGCACUGCGAGGAGAGCUUGCUUUGCCCGACACACGCACGCACCCCCCCUCCCCUGCACUGCAUGGAUGCUUCAUCAGCUCAGCAUCCUCUACCCUGUGCAAGUCAGCGGGAUUACCACAGGACCACAGGACGGGAGGACGCUGCAUCUAAUUAGCCCAGUGUCUCAAGAACCCUAGAUUACGGAUAAGGAGUGAGAGAGAGCAGUUGCCAUGGCGAACAGAGGACCCACCUAUGGACUGAGCAGGGAGGUCCAGGAGAAGAUUGACCAGAAGUACGACCCCGACCUGGAGCAGCGCCUGGUCGACUGGAUAGUGGGCCAGUGUGGGGGCAACCUGGAGAGGCCGCAGGCGGGGAAACACAACUUCCAGGCCUGGCUGAUGGACGGAACAAUCCUCUGCAGGCUGAUAAACAGCCUCUACCCCAGGGGAAAAGAGCCCAUUAAGAAGAUUCUAGAAACACAGAUGGCCUUUAAACAGAUGGAGAAGAUUUCAAAUUUUCUUCAAGCCACGGAGGCCUAUGGGGUCAUCACUACCGACAUCUUUCAGACUGUGGAUCUCUGGGAAGGUAAGGACCUGGCGGCGGUGCAGAGGACCCUCAUGGCACUGGGCAGUGUGGCGGUCACUAAGGACGAUGGUCACUACAGAGGGGACCGCGACUGGUUCCACAGGAAGGCCCAGGGUUACCGGCGGGAGUUCACCGAGGAGCAGCUCCGACAGGGUCAGAGUCUGAUCGGACUGCAGAUGGGCAGCAACCGCGGGGCGUCCCAGUCCGGAAUGACGGGCUACGGCAUGCACCGCCAGAUCAUGUAGCGCCUCACACACACACGCACGCGCGCACACACACACACACACACACAUACACACACACACACACACACACACACACACACACACACACACACACACACACCUCCUCUGGAAACCCUCAAAGGAAGACGGAGUCAGAUACCUCUGCAUAUAUCCACUGUACCUCGCUUAGCCACUUCACAAAGUCCCUCCGUCUUGCUAAUGCUGCAGCUGUAGUCAACAGUGUCCCCUAACCUAUAGCCAUAGUGAUGAGUCCUGAAGCUGUGUCCCCUAACCUAUAGCCAUAGUGAUGAGUCCCGAAGCUGUGUCCCCUAACCUAUAGCCAUAGUGACGAGUCCUGAAGCUGUGUCCCCUAACCUAUAGCCAUAGUGACGAGUCCUGAAGCUGGUCCCUUGAGUCCUCAUUGUUCCCUAAACUAUAGCCUUGGUGCUGAGUCCUGAAGCUGGUCCCUAAGGUCAUCAUGGUCGGGGCUUGUUCGCCUUACCGCUGUCCUCUGUCAGAACUCCUGAAUAAUUGAAUAAUUGUUUGAAUGUGGGCAAGGAAGUCAUUCAGUUUUAAUUUAUAGUCCUGCCGAAAGAGGCCAUGAUUAGAUUCCCUCAGCCCAAAUAAGCUUAUUGCUUAUUAUUUUUUUUACUUAUUAAAGCAGUUAUGUACCCACUGUAAAGCUAGUAUCAUAGCUUGUCUUGGCUUAUUUUUGGUAUUCACGUGUACAAAUAUUUAGAAAUAUAUAUUUAUGUGCAUCAUCUUUUGUUCACCAUGGUCCGUUUAAAUGUUGAGUCGAUCUAGCUGUAAUAUAAGUCCCCAUGAGCUGCCAAGGCUCUGCUCUCUCGUCUGAGGACUUAUGGCAAGGUCUUCAGCGGGCCACUCACAUCACGCUGUGCCUGGAUGGCGGAACACGCAGACUGUCUGAUGUUUCCCCCUCACUGUCAAGAGACCCUAGGAGAAACCAGGGUUGGACUCAGUUGUAAAUGUAUGAUGUAAAUGUAUUUUAGUUUAUUUAGAUGACAUCUCUGUCCACGUUGGGCGCCGGCAGGUACAGGUGUGUGUGCUGUAGCAGCUAACUGUAGGACACUGAUGUUUAUAUAUACGUUUAUAUAAAGCCUGUCUGGAUGCAAGGUUUUGUCAUGUAAAGUGGUGAUUUUGAAAUGUCUUGAUAAUUGGAUGCUUGCGUAUGACAAUAUGACAAAUUACUGAAAUAAAUGAUGAGAAACGUGUAAA